AUGGCGUGCCAACGCGCCAACGGCGGUGGACGGGUGUGCGACGGGCCUGCCGCUGGUCAGAACGUGGCGGCGAUGAAGAUGCAAGCGGGAAACAAUGUGGUCGUGUAUGAAGGCGACUGCCUGCUUGUGGAGGCGGUGAAGGAUGCCGUGGCACCUGGUUAUGAUGCAUCGCUGACGGAAAGUGGGCAGCUGGUAGCGAAGAUCCUGGUUGCAUCCAGCUACACGGACCUGUGCAUAUCGUCUGCCAAGAUUGUUUAUCCUGUGCGCAUUGAGGAUGUUCCGGGGUGCUCCUUGCAUCAGAUCGAGCCGAUGUCUGGGCUCGACUUUCGGUGCUGGGAUUGCGAUAGUAGCAUUGCCGGCUCCAGGCGUUACGUGCCCAAGGGCGCUGUGUGUGUGUAUCAAACCUCAAACCCCAAUAGGUACUGCGGUCACCCCAUCUGGUCACGCUAUGUCUGCCACGGCGACAACCAGUUUUACAUUGACCGUGCAGGGCACAGCUUGCUGGACAAAUACAACUGCAGCAUCAGCUUUGAUCGUACUGAAGGCGUGCACAUUCUAUGCGAUGGUCGCUUCGCAUCCAACCCCAUGACCGUCUUGCCGGACAGCGGCGCACCCCCCAAUGUCAAGACCCUAAUUGUGCGCCAUCAUGCGAUUGACCAGAUCCCCGUGCGCAAAACCUUUGCCGCCCAGCAACUCGAGCACCUUGACCUCAGCUUCAACAACAUUACCUCCAUUAGCGGCGUCAGCAUGCUUUCCCUCACCGGCCUUCGGCACUUCAACAUUAGCCACAACCGCAUCACUCGCUUACAUCCGGAUUUACUGCCGUUCAACAAUCGCCUCGAUGUGCUGGACGUUCGAGGCAAUGACAUCCAAAUUCUUCGUGCUGACACCUUUGUCUCGGCCAUGCGUUCAAAUUGCGCCGCUCUCCUCUUGCCUGAUACCUGCAACCCACCCAUUGUACCAUGCAACGCCUUCUUGGCCACCGACCCCACCGGCAGCGCCUCUGCCACUCCCACCAUCAUCGACUUAACCUCCUCCUCCACCACCACCACCACCACCACCACCACCACCACCAACAGCUCCGAAUUCGGUCUUAGCACCGUCAGACCCGCAGCCUCCUGCCGGGUGGUUGAUACCUCAGUCACCCUCACUUGCCGCUCUGGGGCAACCUACCGUGCCUCUCAAUUGUGUGACGGCAUCCCCGACUGCCCAGAUGCUGACGAUGAGGAAGCGUGUACGCAGGUCUGGGACACCAGCGAGGCCUUUUUGAUCAAAGACUGCACCAGCGGUCGCAUGGUCGUCCGCUUUGAUCAUGGUCACGUGUUUGCCCGUAGCGAAGACGAGUCGGUCGUGGUUCCGUGCUUCACCCUAACCUACCUUCGGCUCAUGUACUUUGGCAGCACCAAACCCAGUGAAGAGGAGGGACAGCCCCAGUGGAGGUUUUCCAGUGUUGAGGACAGAUUAACCAUUCAUUACGACCUCAAUCGCACCACCCUUUCCAUCCAUGCCUACAUUGAUGGUUCAGAACUAGCCACCAGCUACACGCUUGCUAAUUUGAUCAUUCUUACCAAGAGCACCACGGACGCUCCCAGACUACCUGGUACCACAACCCCGCACAGUCUGUCCACCGCACGUCAGGCCCAUGGCCCGCAGCAUGUCGUGGUUUUUGCCACCAUUGCAGGUGCUCUGCUUUUGUGCGCCGUCGGUGCAACCAUCCUCAUCCGGCGUGCUCGGCGGCGCCGCCCCAUCCCAUGGCUCGACGACGUGAGCAACGAGCAAGUUCUGGCGCAACGGCUGCAAGUAGCACUGGCCCGCACCACCACCUCCCCCACGGCCGGUGCCAAAUUUGACAGCAUGUCUGUUGCUGCUGUUCCAAAACAUGGGUGCGGCAUCAUUCAUCGAGACAUUGCGGCUCGUAACGUGCUUCUGCAGCAGGCGGUUGCGGACCCCUUCGCCGUGGAAGUGGUCUUGAGCGACUUUGGGCACGCUCGCCUUUUGACUCGAGGCACCGAAGGCAGCGAGAAUAAUCCAGAUCCCGCAACAGAUAUGAGCGCAGGCAUGGCGUCAAAUCCUGUAUUUGAGUCUGGACCAUCACGAGAUGAUGAGGCAGCCCACGGGGGCGAAUAUUACCGCCAACAUAGCACGAUCCAGACAGCCGUGCGCUGGCAACCGCCGGAGAGUCUGGCACGGGAUUCUUUUUCGCCGGCCAGUGACAUGUGGUCAUACGGCGUGUUACUUUACGAGCUCUGGAGUAUGGGGCAGACCCCGUAUGUCGAGGUGGUCAGCGAGGCCAACGUGGCUACGGCCAUCAUGCAAGGCUAUCCUUUGCAGCUGAGUGUUGAGGCCCGGACCGGUUUUGCCCAGGUGCCAGGUCUCUUUGAGCUGUGGGGUCGAUUGAUGGUCUUUGCUCCAGGAAGGCGCGCCUCCAGUGCCGAGGCUGUGGGGCUGCUGCAGCAUGCGGUGCACCUGAGCCAGCAAGCCACGGUAGCAGCGCCUUCUAGAGCCUGGUGCGAUGGCUCCUUGGGGGAGAUUGAUAAUUUCAAUGAGAGUCAGCUCUGA